UCGUUGCGUGAAUUAUUUUUAUUAAAUUGUUAUACAUGCAGUACACACUCCGGCCAGCAGGUGGCGGCAUGUGACCUGCCCUGCCAUUAAACACUGUAAAAAGAGGAAGAGCCAGUUAAAAUGCGCUUGAACUUUCAUGAGUUGGGUACAGCUUUCUUACUGUAACAGACUAAUAUCGUUAUUGUGACAAUGGAGAGGAGCUCAGGGACCGUGUCCGCCAUUAAAUCUUUAGGGUACCCGGGCAGCUCCUGCCUCUCCAGGUGUAACUGUGACGAGCUGCCCUGUCCGCUGCUCACCUGGCUGACUGAAGAGCUGAGGACUGUCUGCCCAGAGCUACAAGACUCAGACAUGACAGGUCACAUCUUGCUGGUGGGAGAACUGAGAAAUGUACUGUCAAACAUGUGUUCUCCGCUCACUGUGCUGACCUCAGAGGUGCUGGAGCCGUCCAGCCUCAACAAAGUCACUGAGUUCCUUGUAUCAGAACUGCAAGCGGCUCGUAUAAUGAAGCAUAAAGAGACGCAUCCUGACGAGAAGAAAACAGGAGAGGAGUCUGAAAAAGAGCAGCGAGUUGAAUAUCACAGCACUGAGCUUUGUCAGGAGUGUGAAGAUGAUGAUGACAAAGACAGAAGGAAGGCGGAGAUGCAGGCAGAGUGGACCUUACUGCUGCACGCCCUUGACAUGGAUUCCUCCGUUGAAUUUACAGAUGUGUUGAAAGAGGUGGAGUCGAGGCUCGCUCGUCUGCCAUCUGGAGACAUGACGAACCCGCUUCUUAACAAGAGCCUCAGCUCAGAGCAGUGGAUGAAAGUUAAAAAGAUCAAUCAACUUCUGACAGAGGACUAUCGGUGUCGGCGGGAAAUGAUGAUCAAGCGCUUCCAGGUUACACUCCAGUCAUUUGCAUGGGGAGAAAAACAAAAGGAGCGCAAUGAGGCGCUGGCCUCAGUGCCUCCUCUGUCAUCCCUCGCCAGCUCCUCCCGAGUCUCCCUGCCUCUUCUGAUCGCCGCCAGAGAGGAUCAGUCCUUCAUUGAGCCAAUCAAAGCUGGGGAAAGCACCCCCGUCUACAAGACGUUGAUGGGCAGCGUACCGGACAGAGGAGGGCGACCAGGGGAAAUUGAGCCACCUAUGCCAAGGUGGGAAGAUCGCAGAUCAAAAGGAAACAGAUCAGGACGAGGAGGCGGACACAACCAGCAACGACGCAGAUUUUCAGAUAAAAAGAAGAAAGGGAAAAAAGAGUGAUGUUUUUCUCCCACUGCUUUAUUAGAGAAAUAAGUGAUCAUUUUUCUUUAUUUAAAUUAGUUUUAUGAAAUCAAAUAUGGCCGUUGAAUGCAACAUGUGAUAUAAUUUUAUAGUUCUAAAGAUGUGCAUAAUUCUCAGUUAUAGUACAUAUUCAUACCUGAGUGUACUUUUCUAGAAAAGCUUAUGAUUGCUAUAAAGCACUGGUAUAUUACCGGAUAUUUUUGUAAUAUUUCUGUUGAGAAAAAUACUUUUUUUUUUAAUAUAUGUUGGCUUUGCACAUUUAUAUAUAGCUAAAGAAUAAACCUAUUAAACACAGAAAUGUAUUGUUAUUUUGUAUAAUCUAAUGUACAGUGUUGCUUUUAUGCUUAAGACAACCUAGCAAUACCUGUUUAAUUACCAACCACUGUUUAAUGUGACGCUCUUCUAGCCUCCCUGCUUCAGGAAGAUUGGGGCACUAAUUGGUGUGCAUAUUUUGUGUCUGAAAGAAAACCUGAUCAGUGCUGGUGCUUCCUUUAGGUGCAUCAGUUUAUACAGGGAUACAUCUGUACUCUUAUUUCUAAUGCUUGUGUUUAGUGUUGCUUCUGCACCUUGAGGUCAUCCAGGUUCAUUCACCUGGUUCUCUCGCAUCUGCUGUCUCUCCUUCUCUGUCAUCUCAUCUCGCGCUUGUUUCUCCUCCAGAUGUUGCCACUGGAAUAUAACAACACAUACAUUUUGACUACAAUAAAGCCCUUUGCCUUUAAGCUUGAUAAUAAAAGGGUUCUUUUAAGGGACGUCAGUGGUUUGAGUGGGUCAAAAGAAAUAAAAGCAAAAGUUUUUGUAUCCCGACAGUGAAGUAUAAGAGUAUUUUUUCAACUUCAAAUACAUGCAAAUCAGUCCGUGAAUGAUUUAUUUGUGUUCCCCAGUAGAGCUCUACUCUCCAGAUCCUCUGCUGUUCGCACAGCUCAUCAAUGUAUUCCACUGUCUCCGAACCCUUACAGCGUUCAGCUUCCAUCAUGGUAUCCACACACUUCUCCUCCUCUGACAGCUCUGCUUGGGUGUGUUUUUUCUUAUGGAUCUGGGUGUCAUGUGUGACUUACACUGCCAGUAACUGAGAGGUUCACUUUCAGGCACAUUUUUAAACUUUGCAUAGACAUAUAGGUCCACGUGUCUACUGCUGCUUUCAACCUUGAUGAGCUUUAUGAUCUCAUCCUUUUGCUUCAUCCUUGAGGCAUUGGCCUGCUCCAACAAAUGCUGCACCCAGUCUUGGGCCUGUAGCUCCACCUCAGUCAGUGCCUGGUUCUACUUAUGGGACAGGUCUGCCUCACAUAGAUUUGACGCUGCCUUUUCCCUGCAGCUCUCUGGAUGAUGGGUGUAGGAGCUGCUGUUGAGAGAGUAUGCUGCUGGCCUCUUGUGCUGAAGUCUAGUUUCACCGUAUCUUUGAACACAUUUCAUCUGUGUAUGAGAGACUUGCUUUGUUCCUGCUCUCAUAGACGUUAUCAGCAAACUGGAGGCCUUCAUUUUGCUCUCCCUCUUCUGAGUUUUAAUUAUUUUGUGUGACUGAAUCUCUUCUUCUUUGUCAGACCUACGGAGGACACUCCAGGUGUCGGGGCUUUGACCUUUCAGCUGAAGUAAGAUCCCAUCACUUUAUUAAAUAACAUGAAAGACAACUAGAUUGUUUCACUCUUUAUUUGUUCACUUCUGCCACCACAAAGGGCUUAUUGUCUUGAUGCAAGUCAAAGGACAAUUUUGAUAGGGGUUUUCCAUGUUUCCUUCAAUCUCCUCUUCUUUAUCUCCCAGAGUCUCCUGCAGGGCCUCCAUCUCCUUGAGAACUUAGAAGUUUGAGGUGAUCCUUGAAAGGGAUCCUGGCGUAAUGACAGGUGGUGGUAUGUUAUAUAAAUGGGAAGUGCUGCAGAAGGUGAUCUCCACGGCAGAAAAAAAUCAUCCCCUGCUUCCUGCCCUCCCCAGAGGACAUCUCACUGUUCAGUUUACUGCUCUCCAGCAGGCAGUGCAGGAGCAUUAAAAACAGAACCAACAGACUAACAAACAGUUUCUUUCCCUGGGCCAUCAGAAUCUAAACUCCCAUAUCUCAUAAACUGUCCUAAUUUUCAUUUGCAGUCUGGGUGACAUUACAUACAUUAAGCGCAAUAGCAACAUCUGCCAUUUAUUGUUCAUUAUUAUUUAUUUUAUUCCUAUUUAUUGGUGAUGUGAUUAAGGUGUUUUUCUGGGUUGUCACUUGUCUCCCUUUACUGUCAUUGUACUGGUACAAUGACAGUAAAGGACUUCUAUCCUUUCUGGGUCACUGAAAUGUAAACACCUUCAAAAUAUAACACAGUUAUAAAUGUGAGGUUUUAGCUUCACUUGAACUUGAUUGAGAUUGUUUGUUAUUCAUGUUAAAAUUAUAUGUCAUGCCUUAUUCGCAUUACCAGUAUGUGUCUUGCCACUCUGAACCAGUUUUGUACACAAGGAACCUCUGUGUCUGUUUAUGGACAAACAGCAACGGAUUAAAAAAAUCACCCAAGGUCACUGGGUUGACUUUUACCAGGGGAAAAAAAUACCUACGUU